AAGAAACGGGGCACAUUUUGUUAGUUUAAUUUAAAUUUCUCUCGUUUCUCUUUCCCUUAAUCAAAGAUUGACACACAACCAUGUUAUCGUUUCCUCCGGGGAUCCGCUGCCGAUUUGCGGUGGCUCUUCCCUUAAUGCUACUCGUUACUUUGUCAUUUUCUGUCCUCGCCACCGCCGACGGUGCUUCAGAGGACGACGGCCCCGAGUUACCUGCUUGUAACAACCCUUUCAAAUUGGUCAAGGUGAAGAUCUGGAUUGAUGGUGCUGAAGGUGUUGAUUUAUCUGGGCUAACUGCAAGCUUUGGUGCAUCAUUGCCAGAGGAAGCCAACAAAAGUUCUAAACUGCCUGCUGUUUUCUCAGAUCCCCUGAAUGGCUGUUCUAGUUCUUCUUCAAAGCUCUCUGGCUCUGUAGCCUUGUCCAUACGUGGUGAUUGUGACUUUGUAACUAAGGCAAAAGUUGCACAGUCAGGAGGUGCUGCAGCCUUGCUGGUGAUAAAUGACAAUGAAGAGCUUUACAAGAUGGUUUGUUCUGAGAAUGAUACUUCUUUAAAUAUUUCGAUACCUGUUGUGAUGAUUUCAAAAUCAGCUGGAGAUGCAAUUAACAAAUCCAUGGAAGAGAAACGUGUGGAACUUUUACUAUAUGCACCAACUCGUCCAAUUGUGGAUCUUUCGGUUAUACUUUUGUGGGCAAUGGCUGUUGGAACAAUUGUUACUGCUUCAUAUUGGCCAGAGUUCGGCACUUCUGAGAAUUCUGAUGAGCGCUAUAAUGAAUUAUCUAAGGAAUCUCCCAAUGCUGGAACAGGUAAUGAUGACAAGAAGGAAAUCCUCGAUAUUAGCGUAAAGGGUGCUGUAGUUUUUGUGAUAACAGCAUCCACUUUUUUGGUGCUACUCUACUUUUUCAUGUCCGCUUGGUUUGUCUGGUUGCUGAUUGUGCUCUUCUGCAUUGGUGGUGUUCAGGGGAUGCAUAAUUGCAUUAUGACGCCUAUAACAAGAAAAUGUAGAAAUGGUCCACAGAAGACAUUGAAUUUGCCCCUCUUUGGGGAGACUUCUGUUGUCUCAUUUGUGGUUGCACUGUGCUGUUUGAUAUUCUCUGUUGUCUGGGCUGUCGAACGGCGAGCAUCAUAUUCAUGGGUGGGCCAAGAUAUUCUUGGUAUCUGCUUGAUGAUAACAGUCUUACAGCUGGCUCGAUUACCUAAUAUCAAGGUCGCUACAGUGCUUCUCAGUUGUGCAUUUGUUUAUGACAUAUUCUGGGUCUUCCUAUCACCACUUAUAUUCCAUGAGAGUGUGAUGAUUGCAGUUGCUCGAGGUGACAAUAGUGGUGGAGAGUCAAUUCCCAUGCUUUUGAGAGUCCCACGAGCUUUUGAUCCAUGGGGUGGUUAUGAUAUGAUUGGAUUCGGUGACAUUCUCUUUCCUGGUUUGCUUGUUGCCUUUGCUUUCAGAUACGAUAAAGCAAACAAGAAUCGUCUUGCCAAUGGGUACUUCCUGUGGUUGAUAAUUGGCUAUGGAUUUGGCCUCUUGUUUACAUACCUAGGGUUAUAUCUAAUGAACGGGCAUGGUCAACCGGCACUCCUGUAUCUUGUUCCUUGUACACUAGGAGUUAUGUUUAUAUUAGGUUUGGUAAGAGGAGAGCUGAAAGAGCUAUGGAACUACAGCCCCGAGUCAAAAUCCACCAUGACAAAUCUCACCGGAGAAGCUUGAAACAGGUAAUAUUUCGUAAACUGGUCCACAGAAGCUAAUGGUGUAUAGAACGAUGGAUUUGGUAUAGGUUUCGAGGUUUGAGACGACAAAUUGCCAUUUGAAAUUUAUUGAGCAGUGAAGGUUCGAUUCUUACCACCAAAUUGCUGCAAAUGUUGUAUCAUUUCUGGAGUGUUAUGCAGUGUGUCAACUUUUAUUUUGUUCAAAAUUUGUAGGCACGCAAAUAUCUAUAUAUACAUAAUGAAACUUCUUUUUUUUCA